AUGUCAGAAGAAGUUCUCAUGGAAGAUCCUCAAGUCAUCCUUGACGAAACUCUUGACGAAAUUCCUGAAGACGUCAAAUCAAUGCCUUCUAUGGCGUUUGGAAUACUUUUGUUCGUAAUUGCCGCCGGAGCGUAUUACUACUAUGCUUUUGUUCUGAACAAGAAAAAGAAGCCGACUGUGGAAAUUGAUGAAACCAUGGCCACAAACACAGUCUCUCUGAAGGACAUUAAUUACCUUGCCAGUCGAUUGGGUCCAAAUUCCACGCACAUGGAUGUGUUGUUGGCUGUUGCCAGCUGCCCUGACUCCAUCAAGUAUGGGACGAAACAUCACGAAGCCAAAGAGAAAGCUAGAGCAGAUAGAAUUGCUCAAGACGAAGAGGAAAAAGUAAACGAGAAAACCGAUAUAAAAUCAACUGCGAAAGACAACCUGUUCGACUUUGAUGAUGAAGGUUGGGCCGACGAGGAUGACAUGGAUGACGAGUCGAAGCGCAAGCUAGAACUUGAAAAGAAGGCUGAGGAACAGAAGAAAAAAGACCUUGAACAACUUAACAAGGCUACCGGAAAGGCGAAGAUCUUGCUCGAAGGUAUUGAUGAUGGCGUUAUUGGACAACUGUGGGUGGAAAAAACUCUUGGAUCCAACGGUGCUUGGCCUCCAAAAGACCUGAGAUUUUUGGGUGGCGAAAAAUUUGACUACAAUGGCAAGAUGGUUUCAGCGCUUGAGCACCGAGGUCUUCGAAGGAAUAUCUGUAUGAUGAUGGGUCGCAUCAACUCCAUGAUGCUCAACACUCACCCUGAAUUGUUGGAAGCAGGAGGCAAACAACUCAUUGAUCAGACUUACUUUAAGGGUAGUGCAGAGUUCCGUCAACGUUGUGCCAUGCUCUUGGAAGCUGCCCUCCGAACUGCUGUUGCGUGUCGAAACUAUGAACUUUGCAAGACUGUGGUACAAGCUGUAAGUUUGUUCAAGAUCGGAUGCGCACCACCAGGGGAUGUAGAGUGGUUUGACAAGAUGAUGGAAAAGCAAUACAAGUGUUUACCACGAUUGGAAAUUGAGAAUCAAUCCAUUGAAUGUCCUGGCGAGAACGAACUGGCGACGGGUGAUACUUUGACGCUUGGCUUGGAUGUCACACGAAUUCACGCCGAGCAAUUCACUAAGCAAAAGGUAGCUAUGUUACAAAAGCAAGGUAUCCCACCACAACUGGCAUUGCAGUCAUACCGAGAGGGAUGGUGGUUCCUGGUUCGAGCAGAACGCCUCGACGGUGACAUUGACGCUUCUACACUUGACUUGAAAACUGAUGGUCUCUUGGGUGAAGUUUCCAAGAGCGAUUUGGAAAAGUUCGAAAAGGCAACAUACUCUGAGCGAUUACAGACCGCGUGGCCUAUGAUUGUCCAGAAUAUCACUCAAAAGACGGGACGAGUGAAGAUUCAAUUUUUGGCUCCAGUGGUGCCAGGAAAGUAUCGCUUUACAGUAUCACUGAAUUCACAGGACUUCUUGGGUGCAGAUACGGAGAUCAGUGUCGAGGGAACUGUUGUAGAUGGUGCAACUGUCAUUAGAAAACCAAAGGAAGAGAAGAAGAUCGAACACGAGGAUUCUGUGGAAGUCAAAAAAGACAAAUAA